AUGGUUCGGACUGGUUUCUGGCUGCCGCUGCUUGCCAGCGCCCUAGGCCUCCUCUCGGCCGAGGCAAAGGUAUCUCAGAAGGCAACAAAGCACCUUGCUGGGUCAUAUGUGAUUGAAUUCGAGGAUUCCCAGGAUCCCGCGGAGUUCUUCAGCCACAUCAGUUCCAAGGCGAAGACGCGCAUGAACCUUGACUACCCGUUGUUCAAGGGAGCUUCCAUCCAGUUCAACGACCUCAAGACAGCCGAAGCGGAAGCAGAUAAGCUAAAUGCUCUUGCCGGUGUCAAGCAGGUAUGGCCUAACAGGGUCUACUACCUCCCAAACGACGAGGUGGUCUGGCAAGGGUCAGCAGGGGACGAGAGUAUCGUCCAGAACAUCAAGAGACAGACUGUCAAUGACAUCUUUACGCCACACGUAAUGACUCAGGUAGACAAGCUUCGAGCAAAUGGCAUCACGGGGACAGGAGUCAAGAUUGGCAUCAUCGACACCGGUGUUGACUAUAACCACGCGGCUCUGGGUGGCUGUUUUGGUGAAGGUUGCUUGUUUGCGUACGGUACUGAUAUAGUUGGGGACGCCUACGAUGGCGACAAUACGCCUGUACCAGACCCCGACCCCUGGGAUGGGUGUGCCGGCCAUGGUACACACGUAUCCGGUAUCAUCGCUGCGCAGGCAAACGAGCUGGGAUUUACGGGUGCUGCUCCUGGCGUCACGCUCGGAAUGUUCAGAGUCUUCGGGUGUACCGGUGGCGCAGCUAAUGAUGUUCUAAUCGACGCCUUCAUGCAAGCAUUCGAGGCGGGCUCUAACAUCAUCACAGCUUCGAUCGGUGGUUCCUCAGGCUGGAGUGAGGAUCCGUGGUCUGUCGCCGUAUCCCGAAUCGUGGAGGCGGGAGUGCCUUGCACCCUGUCAGCCGGUAACGACGGAGCAUACGGUAUGUUCUACGCCAGCACGGCGUCAAACGGCAAGAGAGUCACCUCGGUUGCCUCCAUCGACAGCGAAGUCACACCUCUACUUCUCACCGAGUCGCAUUUCACCGUCGACGGCGGAGAACAACAAACCUUUGGUUACGCUCUCGGAGACCCUAGUGGCUGGAAAAACCUCACCCUUCCGUUAUGGACUCCCAGCUUUGAUGUCACCGACCCAGCCAUGGCCUGCGAAGCGUUCCCGGCCGACACGCCUAACCUGUCUGAAUAUAUCGUGCUGAUACGGCGUGGGACCUGUACUUUCGUCGAGAAAGUGACCUUUGCUGCACAGGCCGGAGCGAAGUACGUCAUGUUUUACAACGUCUCGCCAGGCGCAAUAGCAGCUUCCGCGAGUGACGUCCCUGAAAUCAUAGCUGUCGGCAUGGUCGAUGCGGAACAGGGCGAAUCGUGGGUUGCCUCUCUAGAAGCUGGGUCAGAGGUCGUUCUCGACAUGCUCGACCCCCUGACCGCACCUGUCAGCCUGAGCUACUCGCCCAACAACAUUACUGGUGGAUUCGCCUCUACCUUUACCACGUGGAAUCCAACGUUCGAAAUGGACGUAAAGCCGCAGCUUGCUUCGCCCGGUGGCAACAUUCUGUCGACGUACCCAGUCCCCCUUGGGGCCUAUGCCGUGCUCUCAGGGACAUCGAUGGCGUGCCCCUUGGUGGCUGCAAUCAUUGCUCUGGUCUCCAACGUCCGCGGCACUCUUGAUCCUGCUACGCUUGAGAACCUGCUGGUAGCCACCGCGAAACCGCAACUUCUCAACGACGGCACGGCCACCCACGGCGUGCUAGCACCGGUAGUCCAGUUGGGGGCAGGAAUUGUGCAAGCCUAUGAUGCUGCUCACGCAACUACUCUGCUCAGCGCAUCCAGCCUCGCAUACAACGACACGGAUAACCUUGUCGAUACCUUGAACUUCACGAUCACGAACUUGGGUUCCGAGGAGGUCACGUACGACUUGGGAAGUGUUGGCGCGGCUACAGGAUACACCUUCUCCGACUCGAUCUACCCUGAUCCAUUCCCUGGCCUGGAACUGACUGACGAGUUCGCCACCAUCACACUGAGUGAAUCCAAAGUCACCGUCCCGGCCGGUGGCGAUGCUACCAUCUCUGUCACGGUUACGCCUCCUGACAUCGAUGGCUCUCGCCUCCCCGUGUACUCGGGUUAUAUCACAUUGAACGGCACCAACGGCGACAGCCUUUCAUUGCCGUAUAACGGCGCUGUCGGUAGCCUCCACGACACCCAGGUCCUUGACACCGGCUAUCUCUCUAUCUCAUCGGACGCAGACCUCAAUCCAGUCACUGGCAACGCGUCCUUCGUCCUGCCAAAGACCAACGGUACCACGAACGCUACCUACCCCGUUGCCGUGGCGCUCCUGGCCUUCGGCUCACCGCAGCUGAACAUCAAGCUCGUGCCCGCCAUUGGCAGCUCCUCGGACGCUCUGGGCCACAUCUUUGGAUCUCCGUACACGUACGCCUCCCGCGACCCCUAUGCGACGGCCUUUGACGGUGUCAUGGCGGAUGGCACGUACGCGCCGGCGGGCGAUUACAAGUUUUCAAUCGAGGCGCUUCACAUCUUCGGAGAUGCCAGCGACCUUGCGGAUUAUGAUAUCGCCGAGAGUGUUGCGUUCUCGAUUCGCUAUGUGUAA